AUGUCUCCCGCUACUCUGUUCACCUUCACAAUGCCAACCACAUCUUGGGCUCCACGCGCGGCCGCCAAAGUUCGGUCUACGCCCGUCUUUUGCCCAACGACAGCUAGCCGAACCUUCACAACCACAAUGCCCCGCCGCACUUUCUCCUCGUAUCUCGUCACUCCCAAGGAGGUCCACGAGGCUAUGCAAAAGAGUCCGCCAUCGCCUAUUAGCACACAUCCGAGAGUCAUCUGCCUCAACGCAGCAUGGUUCCUCCCAAACGACCCGGAAGGCCGGACUGGCAUCGAGUCCUACCGGAAGUCACGGAUUCCCAAGUCGCGCUUCUUUGACCUAGACAAGGUCAUCGACCGCCACAGCCCUUAUCCGCACAUGCUCCCCGAACCCAAGAAGUUCGCCUCUGCCAUGAGCGAGCUCGGGGUGCGCAAAGAAGACACUGUCGUUGUUUAUGAUACCAAGGAGCUUGGGAUCUUCUCAGCCCCUCGAGUGGCAUGGACCCUCCGGGUUUUCGGUCACCCAAAGGUCCACAUUCUUAACAAUUUCCGCACGUGGUGCGACGAGGGGCUACCCAUCGAGAGUGGAAACCUGUAUAACGUCGAGUGCUGCACGUACCCGAUCCCAGAGAUCUCCGCCGACAAGGUAGCUGACUUCGAGGAGGUUCGCGAUGUUGCGAUUGAUCACAAUAAGGAGGGUGCCGAGGGUGUUCAAAUCCUUGAUGCGAGGUCGGCAGGCCGCUUCGAUGGCACCGCUGCCGAGCCAAGGCCGGGAUUGUCAUCGGGCCACAUGCCGGGCGCCAUAAACCUACCCAUCGAUAUGCUCCUUGACCCCAAGACCAAGGCAUUCCUGCCGGCAGAUCAGCUUAGGAAGGUCUUUGAAAGCAAGGGAGUCGACCCUUCCAAGCCAAUAGUCUCGACAUGUGGCACUGGAGUGACGGCUUGCAUCAUCGACACGGCGCUCGAAGUAGCCCAAUUUGGUGACCCAGCGAAGCGCAAGGUUUAUGACGGCAGCUGGACCGAAUGGGCCCAGCGUGUCAAACCAUCGGAUUCUUUGAUCCGCAAAUCUGGAGAAUGA